AUGGAAGUCGCUGACGGUGCAGCCAGCACGCCUGUUGAACUCCCGCAGCCCGACGAUUUGGUGGCGGCGUUGGAGAAGAAUUAUUACAAAGUCGAAUAUCGCAACGUGGAGCUCAAGAACCAUCGCGACGUGGUCAGCACAGUCGACAAGAAGGAUCUCGCCUCCAUCGCGGACAACACAUGGGUGACUGACGGGCAGGAGGAUCCGAUGCCCUCCCUUUAUGCCGACUUUCCAACAUGUCCGGCGUGUGUUUCCAGGCUACUAAGCAUCCGAGUGCCGAAACUGUCAAACGGGAAGACAUGGGCGGCUGUCGAUUGCAACAACUUCGCGAACACCACUGUGCACAAUACUCCCGUCAAUGCUGGAAACGGCCUGCCUCUCCUCGAGCACGACUACCUGGCGGUCCCGGUCUACAGGGGGUUGCUGACAACUCUCGCCAAGCAGACGCACCCACAUGUGGACAUGUCGAAUUUUGAACUGCUGCUGAAGGACGUUCCCUGUCAUGUCCUCACGGCGAACCACAUCCCUAAGCAAGAGAAUGGUUUUGACUGCGGAGUCUUCAUCUGCCACUACUUGAAAGUUUUGGUCUACUCCGACUUCGCCAACUUGAAGAGUGGCCUGUGGUUCAAAGGGGUCAGCGCGCUGCAGUACCGCCGCAACAUGCGCGCUGAUAUAUGCGCACACGCUAUGGGGGAGUUGCUCCGGAGGCUAGAGGAAGAUGGCGUGGAUGUUCCUUCUCAGGAAAGCGGCACCACCACCAACACGACUUUGAAGGAGGGUGCAGAGGACGGACAACACACAGAGCAAAGACGUGUGGACCGGCUCGAGGCGGAGGUGUGCUCCUUGAAGCGCGAGGUCGGUGCGAUGACUGCAGGAUUCGCCGCAAUUGGGCAGGUGCUUGGGAUGUCGAGGGAGGAGCUGAUCUCUGCCGGCGAAAACAUGCUGCAGAAGCCUGCCUGCGCUGUGCAGGGAGCGGGAGGUAAUGAUCCGCGCAAGCACGGCCCAACCACUCCUGUACGGCCUUCAGGAUACACGAAGCAGCUGAACGACAGCCCUGACGAGGAUCUGGUGGGCUCCAACACGAGAGUGUCGCUCGACAGCAAGUUCGCGUCAGCCGUUGGAGCGUACCCCUGCUUCCCGGCACAUCUGCCGAUCCCCGGGACGGUUCCACACUGGCUGUUGUCGCGCCAGCAGGGAGCUGCGGUUUCACUAGUCCAGCCAUCCUAUCCUGUUUACGGCAUCGCGCAGAGCGGUGCGGGCGCACACCCCGGCUUCACAGCUGUGCCUAAGCAGGAGCCCUUGGCCGGAGGAGAGGAUUCUGACGAGGACGGAGAGGGGGAGACCGAGCCAGGAACAAAGCCGACCAAGUACACCGGGGUGUAUGUGGAGGCCGAUACAGGCAAGUUUGGGGUGAAGGUUGUCGCCAAGGACAAGGACGGAAAGAAGGUAACGAAGAGAGUCGGCGCUUACACCACGAUAGAGGAGGCAGCGUAUUGCUACGCGGCAGCAGCCCACGUGCUGAGGCCAGGCAUGGGCACCAGGAACUCUGUGGCUUUAACACCGGCGGAUAGGGCAGCUUUGAAGGGGUGCACUCCUGAAGUCCUAAAAGUCCUGGUGGAUGCCCGCAUGUGGUGGCGCUGGAGGGUAUGGAGGGAGGCGUACGAAGGUGUGAUGCGGAAGGCAGCGCGGGCCAAGAAGAAUGCAACGCCUGCUAAAAGGGGGAGACCGCGAAAGGAGAGUGGUGCGCAGGGUGGUGGCACGGCAGGAGAGGGUGAAGGAGAGAAGGCUGGAAGUGAGGACACUGAGAUCGUUGCCAUCGAACCAACCAACAGCAGGGCGCUUGGGAGGCUCCGCAGUGCCGAUGCAAAGUCCACGGAUGACAAGACAGAUGAAGCUGGUCGUGGGAGGCAGAAGGAUGGUGCUUGGGAUAUCAAGCGGGAGGUGGCGGAAAAUCUGCUGGUGAUGGUAAUCACGGGUGCUGAGACUAGGGGGGGGGAGACAUCUGACGCUUCUCCCGGCAGAGUAGGCAAGCAAGCGGCGGAGAGUGACUCGCCAGAUUCGCGUUCCAAGAGCGACGUUGAUCCGCGUCUGGCUCUCCGGAAUCGAGGCGAGGACGUUGACGGGGGCGACCAGGCACGCAUCGAGAGCGACGUCAACGCUUUCGAAGAGGAGGAUGACGAGGAUGUGGGCGACGCGAUGCGCGCGAUGUUCGAAACCAACACGAACCGCGAGAACGCUGAUGUCCCAACCAAUGGAGAGGAGGUGCGCGUUUCCGCGGGAGUAUUCAGGAGCCUGCUUAAGUCGCAAGACGAGAGCGCGAAGAAGGUUGCCCGCUUGGAAACCUUGCUUUUGGAGGCACUGGCGAAGUCCGAUGGGGGAUCUCGUCGCCGCAAAGCAGAGCGGCAGAGGGAGCCGGGACAGGGAUGCAUGAACCCAAAGCGCCAGCGUCGUGGCGAGGCUGUGGCUGAGCGACUAUGCGAGUUGGUCCGCGUGCAGCUGUUCCUGAAGAAGCCGGCCGCAACCAUGACUUUCUAUCCGAGCUCUGACGACAAGACUUAUGGCGUCUGCGCAGUGCUUGACCGCCUGCCGCAUAGCUUCGCGUGUCUCGCGCUGGCAGCGGACAAGUCCCGACGGGCGGACCUUAACAAGACGCUGAGCGAGUGGAAGACAAGGGCUGCAGCACGGGUCCGGGACAUUGCGCUCCCGAAGCUUGGAUUCUUCCGGGACGAGCGCGACGAGGCAAGCCCGUGGGCAAGGGACAACGCACGGACGCUGGAGCAGAUUCGCGAGCGCAUUGGGCUCGGAGCGGAUGAGAGCGAUGAUCUGGUGUUGAGCAACUGGGCUAACGACCGCGACGGGAUGCCCUUUGCUUCUGCGGCGUUUGCGGCGUGCGCAAAGGCUGCCUUCAUUCCGAAGAAGGCUGCACUGCCGCUCACUUUGAAGGUGUACCACCUUGCGUGGCUAGAGCACGUGGUGUCUAACAGCAUCAUGUACUGGGAGCAGAGGAUGGGCCGUCUCUCUAACUCGGCGGGGGGGAACGGCCACGUGGUGAACGGGCUCAAGGUGCUUGUGAAGGGCUCCGUUUCACAGGCCAUCCGUCACUUCAAUCCAGAGUACGACGAGGAGAAAGAGGAGUGGAUAUGGGGACGCCAUGGCCUCCGCCUUUCUGCAUGUGGGCUUGAGAGCAUGAAGCCCAAUGCAGGCGCUAGCGGAGGAGACGCCGCCGGGAACGAUGUGCAGUCGGUGUCUGUCGGGGGUGUGUAG